CACACUACGUUUCAUUCGGAAUACAGCACUUAAAUAGCACACAGCCUUUACAAAGGUGGAAGUUUUAUCGGUAACUGUUUAGUGGUUUUCAGUUGUUAUAAUGACAUCAUACACGGAUAAGGGCCGGAAGCCGGAGGCGGGAAAAUUCCUGGCUUUCGACCAUCUUACCUUCUGGGUCUCCAACGCUAAACAGGCAGCAAGUUAUUACGUCACGAGGUUCGGGUUUCAACCGCUGGCAUUCAAAGGUCUCGAGACUGGCUCCAGGAAGAUCGCUUCUCAUGCAGUACGAUUAAAUAAGAUAGUAUUCGUCUUCCAAGCCCAGUACGAGCCUGAGGAGUCAGUUUUCUCCAACGAGGUGGCUUACCACGGCGACUUCGUGAAGGACGUAGCUUUCCAAGUGGAAAACCUGGACUAUAUCUUGGGGUACGCGAAGAAGCAAGGCGCUGUGGUCGUGAGGGACCUCUGGGAAGAGAGGGAUGAGUACGGAGUUGUCAGGAUGGCUACUGUCAAGACGUAUGGUGACAACACACAUACUUUGGUAGACAGAUCAAAAUACUCCGGACCCUUCUUACCCGGAUACCAGACACUCGAUAAGGACCCUAUACAGAAGUACUUGCCAAAGGUCGAGAUCGAUUUCAUCGACCAUGUGGUAGGAAACCAGCCUGACAACGGGAUGGAGACGGCGGCUUCGUGGUAUGAACGUUGUCUUCAGUUCCACAGGUUUUGGUCAGUAGACGACAAGCAGGUCUGCACGGAGUAUUCAGCAUUACGAUCCAUCGUGAUGGCGAACUGGGAAGAGACAGUCAAGGUGCCCAUCAACGAACCGGCUCCGGGUAAGAAGAAGAGCCAAAUCCAGGAGUAUGUGGAGUACCACGGCGGCGCGGGCGUGCAGCAUAUUGCUAUCAAUACCAAUGAUAUUAUUACUGUUAUCGAGAAUCUCCGUUCCCGAGGCGUAGAAUUCCUGACCAUCCCUUCAAAAUACUACACGAUCAUCCGCGAUCGCUUGAAGCUCAGCAAAGUGAAAGUGGCAGAGAGUAUCGACACGUUGGAGCGGUUGAACAUCCUGAUAGAUUACGAUGAUGAUGGAUACCUGCUGCAGAUCUUUACCAAGAAUACCCAGGACAGACCCACGCUGUUCCUUGAGGUUAUACAGAGGAGAAAUCAUAAUGGUUUUGGCGCCGGUAACUUCAAGACCCUCUUCGAGUCAAUAGAGUUGGAGCAAGAAAAACGUGGCAACUUAUAAAUUCCACUUAGAAAACUUGUUUAUUAAAUUAAUUAGCUUAUCAAUGUAAAUGUAUGCACAAUUUGUUAUUCGUGACGUAUGGCUUUAGUUUUAAUAUAGAUAUUUUUAUUUUGUUAAUUUUAUGCCUCUCCAAAUGGCCUUUGAAAUAAUGGUUUUAUUACGUUUUGCAGAUAAAAUGUAAAUUGAUGUUUCACGAUUGUAUUUUAUAGUGUAAGUUAGUAUAAUAUUAUAUAUGUUGAUGUUGAUGUAUAAUUAUCUUCUAAUCUUAUUAGUGGAAGUACACCCACCUUUUAAAAUAUAGUAGCAUAAUGGUACUAAUUCCUGUACAGUCAUGAGCAAUAUAGGCACGCACUUCAGUACUCUGUCGCACUAACAUAUUUGACAUUCAGUGAGACUUACAGUUCAAUUUGUCAAAACAGUUAAUGUGACAUGGUACCAAAGUGUAUACAUAUUAAUGCUCGUGACCGUACACAACAUCCAAGUAAUUUUAUUUUAAGUUACACCUGUCAUUCUUUUAUCCGCUGAAAAACAAAGGGACGGGUAAUCGACAGGCAUAAAAUUUAUGGAACACACGUCAAACGGACUGCAUAUGAGCGAGAUGCCUAUUUUAUUCGCCCGGGUUAUGCUGUUAUGCAUUCAUUCACUCAUUCAUUUUAAAAUUAACAGUUGUCAAUCAUCCGUCCCUUUGACAGGUGACCCAAUGACGAGUAUAACUUAAAAUUAGGUGUAAAAUAAAAUGUUCUUUUCUAACCCACAUACAGGGUGUUAGUGACAUCGUAACGAAUACUGAGGGGGUGAUUCAGACCAAGAUUCUGAGUUGAUAUCAAAUAGAAUUUUCCGUCGCAAAAUUUUAUACUUUUGCGAUGUGUAAUUCCACUUGAUAUUAAAUGUUACGAUGUCACUUACCCCGUACAAGUACGUAUAUGUAGCCAUACAAGUAUAUGAGUGUUAAGGACACCGUAACGAAUACUGAGGGGGAUUCAGAUCAUGAUUCAGAGUUGAUAUCGAGUGAAAUUUCGGGUCGGAAAGCAUUGUUUUUUUAUGUGAUUUUUCCAUAGUUUUGCGAUGGAUAAGUCAACUUGAUAUCAACUCAGAAUUAUGGUCCGAAUCAUGCCUAAAAGUUUUCUAUUCACUAACACUCAGUAUAUGUGCAUCACUUACAUGUACAUAGUGUUCGUUUAACGUGUCCCAGUAACGUGAACAUGAAAUAAAACAAUACUUAAAAGAG